GGAAACAUUCAGCUUUACCAUUCCUUGGUUUCACUUUUCAUCCUCUUCGUAGAACUACAAUACAUCUUUCUUUCAAUCAAUUCUUCAAAUUCGCUCUAUCUGCCUUCUGCUCCCAUUUAAAUUCUUUAAACUGUGCAAUAUUCUAUGGAAUAUUAUAUAAAUAUUCAAAUUUUACAUCAAAAAAAUGAUUGAUAUUUCCAUCACGCAAAACCUUAAAGUACUCUCGUACUUAUAACAAUUCUCUCUCUCUCUCUCUUGUCAUUUCUUCUGCACUAUAUACAACUAAUAAUUCCUACGAUCUCUACAUCAAAACCAUCAUCAUCGCCACUCUCAAGUCUCAUCCCACACAUCUCCACCUUCACCUCUUUCUCUCCCUCUCUCUAGUCUCGUCCCUAUAUAUCUCCUUUCAAGUUUCAUCCUCUCUCUCUCUCUCUCUCUUUGUGUCUGAAUGUCCAUAAACCAUUUUCCUUCAGACUUGCAAGAAGGGUUGUGGUGGACAACACAACCCAUGAUGGACCCAGCAACAAAGAUCCCGUCUUCCAGAUACAAAGGUGUAGUCCCUCAAUCCAACGGCCGUUGGGGUGCUCAAAUCUAUGAGAACCAGCACCGCCUCUGGCUCGGCACCUUCGACUCCGAAGAAGCUGCCGCCCGCUCCUACGACCGUGCCGCUUCCUUGUUCCGGGGACGCGACGCCGCCCUCAAUUUCAACACAAACCAACAAGACAACGAAGACGAACUCGAAGACCAACAAACCACCGGAGACAGAGAAACCAUGGUCGACGACCACGACCACGACCACAACCCCGGAGGCCAGCGAGACCAAGAAGAGCGAGAGCACAUGUUCGAGAAGCCAUUAACGCCAAGCGACGUUGGGAAGCUCAAUCGUCUCGUUAUACCAAAACAGCACGCCGAGAAAUACUUCCCACUCGGUGGGGGUGGGGGUGGUGACUCGGGCGAGAAGGGGUUACUACUGAGUUUCGAGGACGAGUCGGGCAAGUCCUGGAGGUUUCGUUACUCCUAUUGGAACAGUAGUCAGAGCUACGUCUUGACAAAAGGCUGGAGCCGUUUCGUUAAGGAGAAGCGACUCGACGCCGGCGACGUCGUCUCCUUCGAACGCCGUAAGUUCAACGGCGAUCGGUUCUAUAUACGGUGGAGGCGCCGCGCCGUCCCGGUGCAAGAUAGCGGUACGACGCAGGAUAUUACUGCUCCUUCAAUGAACGCGUGGACCCGUGUCUUCUACUCUGCGCAUCCUUAUCCUCCGCACCCUCRUGGCCCUCCUCUCCUAUACCAACCCGACUGUAUUCAUGCAGGCAUAUCUACAGUGGCGCCUGUCGCUCAGAAUCCUACUACGACGGGGAACUCCAAACGGUUGAGGUUGUUCGGGGUAAACCUGGACUGCCAGCUCGACGAAUCCGGUCCAACCACUCAUGACGGUUCGAACCAGGGUCGAGCCUCGUUCCUUUUCCCUCAACCUCAAGCUCAUGGUCCUCCGCAUUAUAAUGGCUACCAGGAAAUCAACUUCUCGCAGACGAGAAAUCGCCGAGGAGAUCUGCCGAUGUGACGUCGUGGAUUGACUUAGGAGGGCAGUUUAGAGUUGUAGAGUUUAGGAGAAAAUUAAAAGGAAAUUUUGGGGGGAAAAAUAGAAAAAGAGAAAAUCCCCGAUUUUCAGGCAACUAAGCACAAAACUACUGGAAUUUCUAAAGGCCAGGAGUACGAUGUGUCGGAUUAAAGGAGGUUUGAAGAAUGAUAGGGGGAAGGUGGGGCCCAAAAAAAGAUAGGGCUGACAUCAGCAAUUCCACCUCUUUUGGUAAAUUGUAUCAGGAAUCUGUUGUUACUGUUAAGAUUCUCUGUGGAGAUUUUUCACACAUCCUCAUAAUAAUAUGAACAGGAGAUAGAUAGA